AUGACACGAUUCAAUUCCAUUCAAUUCAAAUCAAAUAUAAAUCUCCAACUCGAACACCAUUAACACAUUCCUUGCUCCCCCUCUCUGUUUUCUCAAAACAAUUAGAGAAAAAUGGAGACGAAGAACACCACCACCAAAUUAAAAUGUUGUAUUCUCCUAACUAUUUUCACCAUUUUCCACACUUCAAAUUCACAUUCCUUCGACUACGCCGACGCAUUAACGAAAAGCCUCCUCUACUUCGAAUCACAAAGGUCCGGCCACUUACCCUACAAUCAACGAGUCACUUGGCGCGAUCAUUCCGGCCUAACCGAUGGCCUAGAACAAGGAGUGGACUUAGUCGGAGGAUACUACGACGCCGGCGACCAUGUUAAAUUUGGAUUACCAAUGGCGUUCACUAUAACAACGCUGUCAUGGGGAGUUAUUGAGUAUCGAGAUCAGAUCGAACGCGCCGGCGAAUUAGAACACGCAUUAGAAGCUAUUAAAUGGGGCACUGACUAUUUCAUCAAAGCUCAUACUAGCCCCAAUGUGCUAUGGGCAGAGGUCGGCGACGGUGAUACAGAUCAUUACUGCUGGCAACGGCCGGAGGAUAUGACGACGUCACGGCAAGCUUAUAAGAUUGAUGAAAAUAAUCCCGGGUCGGAUCUUGCCGGAGAGACGGCCGCUGCUAUGGCUGCGGCUUCUAUUGUGUUUAGGAAAACUAACCCGCAUUAUGCUCACCUACUGUUGCACCAUGCUCAGCAGUUGUUUGAAUUUGGAGACAAACAUAGAGGGAAAUAUGAUGCAAGUAUAAGUGUGGUGAAAAACUACUAUUCGUCGGUGAGUGGGUUCAUGGAUGAGUUGCUGUGGGGAGCUUUGUGGCUAUACAAAGCCACCGACAAUGAGGAGUAUUUGAAGUAUGUAAUUAGCCAUGCUCAUUGUUUUGGUGGCACCGGUUGGGCCAUCACUGAGUUUAGCUGGGAUGUUAAAUAUGCUGGCCUUCAAAUUUUGGUUUCUCAGUUGCUAAUGGAUGCAAAGCACAAGGAGCAUACUCAAAUACUAAAACAAUACCAAUCAAAAGCUGAAUACUACAUUUGUUCAUGCCUUAACAAAAACAAUGGUACCAAUAAUGUGGACCGUACUCCGGCCGGACUUUUACACAUCCGGCAAUGGAAUAACAUGCAGUACGUAUCAACCGCCGCGUUUCUUCUUACUAUAUACUCCGAUUUCCUCCGUGGCUCGAAUCAAAAGCUCGAGUGUCAUGGAGGAUCAGUUGAUCAUGAAGAAAUGCUCAACUUUGCGAAGUCACAAGUUGAUUACAUCUUAGGUGCAAAUCCAAUGAACAUGAGUUAUUUAGUGGGUUAUGGUCCAAAAUACCCUUCAAAAGUGCACCAUAGAGGAGCAUCAAUUGUGUCAUAUAGGGAGAAUAAAGGGUUUAUUGGGUGCACACAAGGGUAUGAUAAUUGGUAUAGUAAGGAAGAGCAAAACCCAAAUGUUUUAGUUGGGGCAUUGGUAGGAGGACCAGAUUGUCAUGAUAACUUCAGGGACCAAAGAGAUAAUUAUAUGCAGACUGAGGCUUGUACUUAUAAUACAGCACCAUUAGUGGGGAUUUUUGCAAAGUUUUCGGAAAUGGAGGACCAAAAAGAAAGAAGUAAGACUUUGGUUGCUUCUUAUUAGAAGAAGUAAAUAGCAUAUGAAAAUUGGAAUACAGAAGAAGAAAUUUGUUAUACAUGAUGGUUUGGGUGACUGAAUAGGUACACUAAGGGUGUUCAAAGUUACCUAAAUUUCUAUAUUUUUUCUUUUUUGGUAUAAUGUAAUAUAAAGUAUAAAAGUCCAAUUUAAUUGUCCUAAUUAGCAACAAUUGGAAAUUACUACAUUUUUAA